AUGGGUGCAGGGAGGAGGGCCAAUGAGACCUACCUCCCUGGGUUCAUCCUGCUGGGCUUCUCUGAGUACCCUCAGCUGCAGAAGGUCCUGUUCGUGCUUGUCCUCACUUUGUACUUCCUCACCAUCCUGGGAAACACCAUCAUCAUCCUGGUGUCACAGCUGGACCCCCGGCUCCGCACCCCCAUGUACUUCUUCCUCUCCCACCUCUCUCUCCUGGACCUCUGCUUCACCAGCAGCGUUGUUCCCCAGCUGCUGGUCAACCUGGGUGGCCCCGACAAAUCCAUCUCCUACGGGGGCUGCGUGGUGCAGCUCUACGUCUCCCUGGCCCUGGGCUCCACCGAGUGCGUCCUCUUGGCUGUCAUGUCCUACGACCGCUAUGUCGCCGUGUGCCGGCCCCUGCACUACGCCCUGGUCAUGCACCCCCGGCUCUGCCGCAUCCUGGCUUCCACAGCGUGGCUCAGCGGUGUGGCCACCACCCUCGUGCAGUCCACGCUCACCCUCCAGCUGCCCUUCUGCGGCCACCGCCGUGUGGACCACUUCAUCUGUGAGGUGCCUGUGCUUAUCAAACUGGCAUGCGUGGACACCACCUUCAACCAGGCUGAGCUCUUUGUAGCCAGCGUCCUGUUCCUGGUGGUGCCCGUGUCCUUCAUCCUGGCAUCUUAUGGCUUCAUCGCCCGUGCGGUGCUGAGGAUCAAGUCAGCUUCAGGGAGGAAGAAGGCGUUUGGGACAUGCUCCUCGCACCUGGCGGUGGUCAUCAUCUUCUAUGGGACCAUCAUCUUCAUGUACCUGCAGCCAGCCCAGAGCAGGUCCAAGGAUCAGGGCAAAUUUGUCUCCCUGUUCUAUACUGUUGUCACCCCUGUGCUCAACCCCCUUAUCUACACUUUGAGGAACAAGGAGGUGAAGGCAGGGCUCAGGAAGGUGUUGGGGAGGAUUCUGAGGUUAAAUCUUAUGCAAUAA